CUUGUUUUAGUAGGAAACGUCAUUCUGUCUUCUUUCUCCAAACUCUCCAUUGAUUAUAUACUCUCGUUUCGUCUGUCCUUCUCCUUCGAUACACUCACAAAACUCGUUCAGCAGAGAACUGAAACGAAACAGGAAAACGUCGAAAAAAUGGAGAAGAUCGAGCACGCAACUGUUCGAACCAACGGCAUAAACAUGCACGUGGCGUCCGUCGGCGACGGCCCCGACACGGUCCUCUUCAUCCACGGCUUCCCGGAGCUGUGGUACUCGUGGCGCCACCAGAUGGUGUCCCUUGCGGCCCUUGGCUACCGUGCCGUGGCGCCUGACCUCCGGGGCUACGGCGGCACCGACGCACCGCCGUGCGUGGGGUCCUACUCGGCGUUCCACGUGGUGGGGGACCUUGUGGGGAUGCUGGAUGCGCUGGGAAUCGGGCAGGUGUUCGUGGUGGGGCACGACUGGGGGGCGCUCAUCGCGUGGUACCUGUGCCUCUUCAGACCCGACCGAGUGAGGGCGCUGGUCAACACGAGCGUCCCGUGGUGCCCUGGCCGCAUGUGGUUCCCAAGUGAUCCGGAGAGGAAGCCCCUGGAGUCGGUGAGGGCGAUGUACGGAGAUGAUUACUACGUUUGCAGGUUUCAGGAACCUGGAGAGAUGGAAGAAGACCUUGCAAAAGCUGAUACUGCCAAAAUCUUUCAGCUCUUCCUCACGAGCCGUAAUCCAGGCCCACUGAUCGUGCCUAAAGACCUAGGAUUCUCAGGAAUGACCAAACUAUUCCAGGACCGCCCGGUUGACUUGCCCUCUUGGCUGACCGACGAUGACAUCAACUACUACGCCGCCGAAUUCAGCCGGACUGGCUUCACCGGAGGAUUAAACUAUUAUCGUUGUUUGGACCUAAAUUGGGAGCUAUCGGCGCCGUGGACCGGAGCGCGAAUCGAAGUGCCGGUGAAGUUCGUGGUGGGGGACCUGGACCUCAUCUAUCACAUCCCCGGCGUGAAGGAGUACAUCCACGGCGGCGGGUUCAAGCAGGUUGCGCCCAACUUGGAAGAAGUGGUGGUGAUGGAGGGAGUGGCUCAUUUCCUCCAGCAAGAGAAGCCUGAGGAGGUCACUGCACACAUUCAUGACUUCAUCAAGAAAUUCUCAUCCCCAUGAUCUAGUGCUCUCUGCAAAACAAUUAAGGAUGAAGCUGCUCAAUAAUAAAGGACGAAACUAUUGCCUUUCUUGAACUGUCUUCUUUUCAUAUUUUUCUGUCGUUUGGUAUUUCAAUGGUAACGAUAUAUGAAGUGAUCUAACACAAUAUGAUUUAGUAUUUAAACAGACAAAUAUUCGACACUUGAUAAAAAUCUGUAUUACUGGUUUUACAUCCA